AUGAAUUCAAACAACAAUGCAAAAUUCACUACCGUUGGACAAAAGUUAUUAAAAGAGCCAAUAUGGAUAGGAAUGAUUGUGGUGUUUAAUUUGUUAAUUAUAUUUGGAAUAUCCUAUAUCAUUAAGAAGAAGUGCGCAAAGUACUUGAUCUGCUGCAAGGACACAAAGGACAUCCUUCGAGAACGAGAGGACGAGAUACCAGCUCAUUGUAACAACCCCUUGUCUACAUCACCUCCCCUCAGUCUUCAGGCCUCUGUAGUCAUCAAAGAAAAUACUGAUUGUAUUCCUGCUAAGAACUUGGUGAGCACUCCCCUUCUCUCUCUCUCUUUGAAACUUUUUUACUCUACAACAACUCCAAUAAAUUUGACACCCAAGGUGGAUAUGACGAACAAGAAGGCUGCAGCUAAAUUGUUCGCUUCCUACGAUAAACACUUAACGUUUCCAUUCGACGCUCAUAACCUUCCUAGUGGAAUACAUCCUGUUGGGGGACUGAAAUCUGGUGUGCUAGAAUUUAAUCCCUCUGAAAAAGAAGAUAAUGCUGAAGAUAAUUUCGUGCUUCAGUCUCCACCUUUACCUAAUGAAUACCGUAAACUGAGAUACAGUCAGACGACAACAGUCUUGGAUAGGAAAAGUGACCGACAGUCCGACGAUUUCUCAAAUCAUGUGAUACGAUCAAAAUCUCUUUCGCCAGGAAUUUUGCAGGAGAGACAUCAAUACCCCAGAAUAGUAAUAAUCAAUGAAAACGUCCAAAACCCGGGUGGAUUUAAUGGACAAGAUCAUGUUUUCACAAUAUCUAGCCAAGAUAAAUGCAGACGGUCAUCUUUCACUGAUAUGAAGGCCGCAGAUAAACGAAGAAUUUUCUCAAACAGUAAAAGUUCAUUUCAAGAGAGAAGUGUUGUACCGGGUAAAAAUGUUCGGCGGUCAAAUAGUAACCGAGAGGUGUUGAUCCUGUCGCAAAGCGACAACAACUACAGUUCUGACGCAAUUGUAAACUCUUUAGAUAUUGAUAUCGUACACUCUCAACCAAAAACAGGCUUAUCAAGAAAGGAGAGAAAAUUAUCUUCAUCUGAUACUAAAGUAUGUGCAAAAGCAUAUCAAUCAAGUGGUCAAACCGACGAUUUAAUGACUUCUUCCUUUGUCAUCGAAAACAAGAAAAAUAAAUCGAUAUGUAGUCGAAAGUACCAUAUUCGAAUUGUUAAAAGGAGUAAUCGCUCUCGACAAAAUGGACGCACGCGUUCACGAGACACUUCAUGUGAGUGCUCUUGUGCAUCUGGAGAUGCUUUAUAUACCAACAUAUCUGGAAAAAAGAGACAUAAGAAAAGAACAAAGAAAAGGGUGGAAGUUACUGAUUCCAGCAGCGAUAGAGAGGAUUUUUAUCAGCACCCUUUGCGAAAAUCUAAAAGAAAUGAUUUAACUUUCCCAUCUCCAAUACUUGGAUGGACAGUUGAACAAACUCAAGCCAGCGUAGAAAAAGGCAACGAAGCGUUAUCGUUUAUGCAAUCCUCAUUCCAAUCUCGUUUGAGGAAACCUGACGAUUUUCUUGAUAUCAAAGAAACGGAAACUUUAUUUUACAAUAAUGAAAAUGUCAGUCUUUCAAGUUCAAAUCCCAGUGAAAUUGACGAUCCAUUCGUAAAAGGUAGUGUGGAAGAUACAGAAAGACACUCUAUUCCUCCUACGGACACAGAUACGGGAUUUUCUUCGUCAUCAAAAAGUUUAUAUACAUCUCCCUGGAAGGAUGGUGGAAUAGUGUCUAUGUACUCGGGUACCGAACAUGUUCGAACACGACCCACAGACAUCAACUGUCCAAAACAAAGGAUUAGGUCCACUAAUUCAGUAAACAGUGGUAAAGUCAAGGAUUCUGCUUAUGAAACAAGACAGACAUCAAUAGACACCAUGUCCUUUGAAAAAAACAAUGAAAAACCAUACGAAAACUGGAUCAAAAGGUAUGAAGAUCGAAAAAUUACAAAGCAGCUUGAACAAGUGUCUUUUAAAUUAUCAAUGCUACGAAACAAGAGAUAUUGUACACAUGAUCAGUCCAAAGACAGUGCUUUCGUCACUGUGUCUGAUGAGGAUCUGGGCAACUGGGACUCCGAUAGCUCUGGAAGAAGAUCAAGUUAUCCAGGCAUUAUCAACAAAGCCUUUACCUUGGAACAAGUUUCCGAGGAAGGAGAUAUUGCCAAUACACCUGAUCAGAUAGCUGUUGGAGAGCAACCAAACACUAAAUGCGCCUUUAUCAGUGCAGCUCGCCAAUAUAACGAAGCCUCGAUGAUAAAGGAAGAUAUAGAAAUGGUGGAAUUUAUGGUGUGA